UCAACUGAGGUGCAGUUAUCGUUCUGCAUCGUUCUCGUUCUCGGAAAAAACUGUGAAAUCAAAGGAAUUCAGCCAAAAUGGGAGAAAUGUCCUCAGAGCUGCAAACAGUGCUGCUUUACUUAUCGGCAUUUUUUAUGGUCUUCCUUUCAUUUGUGGUAUUCAGUUUGUGUCUACGUGUAUUGCUGUGGAUUUAUAUGCAAUAUUAUAAAAGGCUUAGAGCUCACAAUCGUAGCGAUGUAAGGGAUGAUCGCAUGUCUGGACAACACUAUCCGAUACGCUUAGAAAGUGAUCGCCAAGGAAACAUAUUCACAAUUGCCAAUGAGGCGCCUAACAACACAUUGCCACAUCGAUGCAGUGACUUCUUCUAUGUCGACCCGGCCGCUGAAGAUGCUGCACGCAUUCGAGCACAACUUGAGAAGGAUGAAAAGGAUUUGCCCACCUAUGAGCAAGUAAUGGCAAUGAGCGUAGCCCAAACGGCGGCUGGAACUCUAGCGCCAUAUACCGCAUCGAACACCUCCAUUGCAACCACAGAUACGACGGUACCGCCUUAUUCGGAGAUCGAUCGAAGUGUGAUACAUCCAGCAGCAACUGCAAAUGGGACUUCUUCCGCUAUUCCUCUUCAAACGCUGAAUGUUGGUGCUACAGUGGGGGGGCCAAUAGGAAAUGCGACAGCGGCAACUGGAGCGGCAUCUACAUCGCGUGCUGCCGCCGCAGCUGCUACAAGUACACCGAUAACAGUGGUGACUAUUGCCAAUUCAGUAUCAAAUACGAGCGUGUAGUAUAUUUAGUAGGCGCCCGUUGUCUUCCUGCUCCUGUGUGUGAUGUCCGACGAACGCGUUAAGUAUGUUGUGAUGUAUAAAUAACGCUAAUGCUAGGACUCAAAACGUUUCACUAUAAAUAGUUGCGUUCCCCAACUUUUCUGGAUUAAAACCUGUAAAACUGUCAAAAGGCAAAAGAAGCCAGAG